AUGUCCAACAUUGAUAUCGAUAUCGAAAAGGCCUCGGGUCCGACCAGGAAAUCCAGCAACAACGACAGCGACAACGACUCAUUGUCGUCGGCCUCCGAUAGCACAGAUCUCGAGAAGGCUGAGACGGUGCCUGAUCGUGCCCUCGUCCCCCCCACAACCCCUACUACCACCGCUCACAAGGCUGAGCUAUGGAGGUCCCGCUCAGUAGCGACCGAUGGAUACUCCACCCACAACCUCCAAGAAGACGAAGAUGACGGUAUAGACAGUUAUCUGGCCGUGCAGCGGACUCCGACAGAUGCGUAUGAGGUCCGCUGGGACGGGAAGGAUGACAAGCUGUCGCCCCGGAACCUCAGCCUUCCCCGGAAGUGGCUCAUCGUGUGCAUUGUGUCUUUCUGCUCUUUUCUCGUAACCUGCACGUCUUCUCUCUAUGCUGUCACGUACGGACAGAUCAUGGAAGAAUUCCAUGUUUCCCGAGAGGUCGCUACGCUAGGGCUGUCAACCUUCGUAGUAGGCUUAGCCGUGGGACCCAUGAUGCUGGCUCCGCUGAGUGAGUUCUACGGCCGGAGACCCAUCUAUCUCGCCUCGAUGGGCUUCUUUGUGAUAUGGCUCAUUCCGGAAGCGGUCGCCCAUAACAUCGCUACUAUGCUGGUAGGUCGAUUUUUCGACGGACUGGCCGGUAGUGCAUUUCUCGCCGUUGCCGCCGGCUCGGUGGUGGAUAUGUUCGAGCCCAAACAGAUUGCUUUCCCCAUGAUGAUCUAUACCGCCACUCCCUUCCUCGGUCCUGCUGCUGGCCCAAUUCUGGGAGGAUUCAUCAAUCAGUUUACCUCAUGGCGAUGGUCAUUCUACUUCCUCCUCAUCUGGAGUGGGGCUCUAUUCGUCGCCGUCGUCCUUCUUGUGCCAGAGACCUUCCCCAAGAUUCUGCUAAAGAACAAGGCGCAACGAAAGCGAAAGGAGACGGGCAAUGACAGAUGGUGGGCCCCCGCCGAAAGGAAUGACGCCUCCGUCCUCCACACCAUUAUUCAUGCUUGCUACACGCCCUUUCAGCUGCUCAUCUUGGAGCCGAUGUGCCUGCUGCUCUGCCUCUACUCGGCCAUUCUUCUCGGCAUUGUCUAUCUGUUCUUUGGCGCGAUUCCUCUGGUCUUUCGCGUCAAUCACGGCUUUGAGCUUUAUCAGGGUGGUUUGGCAUUUUUGGGCCUGGGAAUUGGCAUGAUUGUCGGCGUCAUGACCAAUCCCUACUGGCAUAAGAACUACGAACGUUUGGUGCGAGGCUACGAAGAAAAGACUGGGCAGAAAGGGAUCAAGCCCGAGCCAGAGUUCCGACUACCUCCCGCCAUGGCUGGCGCCGUCCUUGUUCCAGUCGGCCUCUUCUGGUUCGGAUGGACGACUUAUUCAAGUGUGCACUGGAUCGUUCCGAUCAUCGGAAGUGGUGUUUUUGGUACUGGUGUCUUCCUGGCCUUCACUGGGAUCUUGACAUUCCUUGUCGAUGCAUAUGCCGACUAUGCUGCAAGUGCCGUCGCAGCCAACGUGCUCGUGCGACUAGCCUUCGCUGCAGCAUUUCCCCUGUUUGGCGUCCAGAGUAAGUGA